UCCCAUUAUCUCUGUAUCGACCUCCUCUCUCUCUCUCUCUCACCGGAAACCGGGUCACGGCUCAGCGAGUCGCGGCGGCGAUUCAGAUAAAAAAAACGAACCCUAAGAAGAAAUGGGUAUUUGCAGUUCGUGCGAAUCGACACAUGUGGCGACGGCCAAGCUGAUCUUACAAGAUGGGAGGAUGAUGGAGUUUACGUAUCCGGUGAAGGUGGGUUACGUCCUUCAGAAGUAUCCGAUGAGUUUCAUCUGCAACUCCGACGAUAUGGACUUUGACGACGUCGUAUCCGCCAUUAGCGCCGACGAGGAGCUCCAGCUCGGCCACCUCUACUUCGCUCUCCCGCUGAGCUGGCUCCGUCGCUCCCUUCAGGCGGAGGAGAUGGCCGCAUUGGCCGUCAAAGCAAGCUCCGCUCUCAUGAGAGGCUGCGGCCGGGAAAAAUGCCGUUGCCGCCGGAGAUGCUCCGCUCCUGUCGUUUUCCCGGCGGAUAAGCUUCGACAGAGAGUCACCGCCGGUGAUGUUACGGUGGGGUCAAGUGCUGGCGUGAGGAAAGCGAGAAGCGGCAGCGGCGGCGGCAGCGGUGGUAGUUGUAGUGGGAGGAGGAAGUUUGCGGCGAGGUUGAGUAAGAUAGACGAGUGAAGGGCAUUUUUGGGAUUUAGUGAAAUAUUUGGGGUUAAAUCUGUGAAUAGCGUAAUUAUGCGGGGGAGUUAUCUCUCGCUUCCCCAACUCAAAGUUACGAUUUUACCCUACGGGGUGUUGUGUACAAAAAAAAAUUACCAAAAAAAAUCUUUGUUCUUAAA